AUGAACGCCGGCAUCCAGAACGAAGAAUCGCGACGGCCGUCGUCAGGCUCCAUGCGGCGGGAUGUGGAACGAGCACGUCGACGAUCUAGUAUCCGCAUGAAUCUGAAUCUGAAUGACCCUACUCUACCAGCUCCAGGCGAGCUGCAAAGGAGCCCUUCCACGCGAACUAGGAACCCGAACCCUUGGCCAGCGAGUCCACAUCACGAGAGGGCGCCAUCUCUAGGAGAGUUGCACCAAGAGUUGGAGUAUGAGCAGGAGGGUCAAGUGAACCGCCUCCUGAACAUGAUCCGCCAACAACAAGCUCAAAUCGACUCUCUUCAGAACACCCACCGAACCACCUCCGCCGUUGUCGACGACAGCACGCCCACGUCUGAACGUUCACUUUCACUGCCUCAAUCUACUCAACCAUCCCAACCAAACAUUUCGCAAAUGCCCGGCAAUAUAAACCAGCCGCGCUCUCGGUCUCCUCUAGGCACCGGCACGUAUAACAAUCUCAGCCGCCACUCUUCCAUGGCAGAUAGAUCCCGGGGCAGCAGUCAUACUGGCUCACCAGCACUGCGACCCAUCUCUGGAGGGCCACAUGACAGCAAUGAGUGGCUGCCUGGAUCCGCUACCGGCACUGCUAGAGAUGAAAGCGCCUUCUACCAAGCAGAGACGCAGAUGUUGACACGGGAAAAUCAAAUGCUCAAGCUGAGGAUACGCGAGCUGGAACGUCAACUCUCUGAACUGAACCCCACAAGCCCAAUCACACAUUCUCCAGUAACCGCAUCACUUCUCCACAGCAGUCCGCCUCUCAGUCGGCGAGGCACUCACGUCAACUCUGAAACCACCGAGUUCCCCCCCGGGAAUCUGGGAUAA